AUGUUGGAAGACUUGGAGAAGUCUGGAACUAUAGCGGUGGAAGAGAAGAAAGAUCAACAACGCGUGGAGGUACGACGCAGUUUCUGGUCACCGUUUCGUUUUGGAAAAAUUGGAAAGCCUUUGUUCUCGUCAUGCAAAUUUAUACCAAUUGCUGAUCCAAAUCUUGUAAGUUUGGGAAUGAAGAAAUACAAUUCAGCUCCAUGCCUGCAUCACGAGUUCGCUGAGGGGACUCCUCUGGACCAGGAUCAUCACUCGUUUCGUGGCGAUUUGGCGGUUGAGUGGAAUAAGAAGACGUGUUUUGGGUACGCUUCAACAGUGUAUCUUCAGAGCGCUAUAGGAAAAGCAGAAGCACUGUGGUCUGAUUGGAUACUAGAUACAGAUAGUGAACUAUCUCUCAUGUUCUUCGCUAUUUUAAAUUGUUUAGCCAACUUGUUUGUCAGUGGUCUGCAGUUGAUGCUUUCAUGUCAACAAGGACUUAAGUCCACAACUGACGAUGUCAUCGAGGAAAUCUGGGAGCUCAACGGUGAAGCAGGACGCUCUCUUCUAGGCGUACUCUUGACGUCGUCUGCUUGUAUUACUCUCGAUAAAUGCAGGGAUGAACCCCAAUGGAGGGGGGUUCUCCUUACGUUUUUAGCUAUUCGUAACGAGAGGCGUGACUUACUACAGCGAUUGGUCAAAUGUGGUUGCAAUGCCACUUAUCUUCCCCAUUGUAUAGAUUAUGUAGAGUUUACUGGUUUUGUUGUGAUUCUACUUCAUAAUGAAGCCGCUUCUGUGGAAGCUUUGAAGUUCUUACUCUGCAAUGGGAUGUAA